AUGGCGAGAGGAGGCAUGCUCCCCUCCCUGCCCACCCUGACGGUGCUUGUUCCCCUCCUGUCCCUAGCAGGCUUGUUUUACUCAGCCAGCGUAGAUGAAACCUUCCCACAGGGCUGCACCAGCACAGCUAGCUUAUGUUUCUACAGUCUCCUCCUUCCUGUUACGAUACCGGUUUAUGUAUUCUUCCACCUAUGGACCUGGAUGGGGAUUAAGCUUUUUAGGCACAACUAGUGUGAUGCAUAUGCUAACCCCUGGCCUUCUCUAAAGCAGUGGAGUUUAUUUAAUGUCAUCGGAUAUUGCAGCUGAUUUUGAGAGGGUUCCCUUCUGGCACUAGUGGCUGUCAUAAUUGUCCUAGUAGUAUCUGGAACUGUAUGAAGUCUCCCACAGCAGCCUAUUACUUAAUUAUUGCUAAGGCAGAUAAAGAGGAGGAAUAACAAGAAGCACUAAUUCCUUCUAGUGUAUCUCUUCAAGAGUGUUGUGCGUUUGUAGUGGCACUAAUGAAAAUCUUCUAGAUGGUGAUUGUUUUUAUGAGGAACUGUACCUUGACUGAAAUAACUGAUCAUAAAUAAUAAGCAAUGACAACA